CACUGACUGAACAAAUCUUAAUGCAGUUACAUGAUGUUAAAUGACCUGUCCAGCCUGCCGCGCAAGCUGCGUCAGCAUUGGAAGCUCCUCUCUCUCUUGACGGUUUAGACAAGCCUCUACAAAAUCACUCAAUUGCAUAACCAGUGAAAAUUGGCGGAGAUGAUUUGGACCGAAGAUAUGGGUAGAGAGUACACCAAGGAUUAUGGGGCCAUACAGUACUGUGAAAUCCUAUUUCUUGUUUGUACUUUUUACAGUAAGAUGCACCGGACCAGCAUUUCGAGAUUGAGUAGUGUGCUUACUACUGGUACUGACAUUGCUCAUUCUCGCGGUCAGGUGCACUUGUGCAAAAAGACAGACCGCAACUCUGUCGGUCCUAGUAUGAGGCGUCGUUGGCGACAACGCAUACCGAUCUUCAAAAAAAAAGUCGCAGCCAACACCUCAAGUGGGGACAUUUGGGCAACUAUGCGCUUGGUGCUCAACAAUAUUUUUUUCUUUUCGAAGGACCGACUCUUCGGUUAUGGGAGGAGUGAAACUGGAUUGUUGUUGUUUGUGGGAGCAAGGAAGACGAGAAGUGGUUGGUGACUGUUCAUCGC